CAAAUCAUAACCCACCAGGCGUGCCGCCACAUCUCCUCCGCCACGAGUCCUUUACUACAAAUAGACCUUCGCUCGCUGGUUACUUACCCCAGGUUAUUAUUGCUGUUUUACUGUGCGCCACGUGAUACUACUCCUGGUUUUUGCAGGCUAACUCCAACAACCACCACCAAUGACUAUUCACCAGAAAAUCCCCCUUUGGCUCGACUGUGACCCUGGCAACGACGAUGUGUUCGCCAUCCUCCUUGCCAUCUUCAGUCCUCGCUUCCAGUUGCUUGGUAUUUCCACUGUCCACGGUAACGCUUCAGUGAAGGCCACCACCAAAAACGCCUUGGGCUUGUUGGACGUGCUCAAGGUAGACGACGUCAAGGUGUACCAAGGGCUGGAAAAGCCGCUAGUCAACGCCCCCAAGUACGCUGCGCAUGUCCACGGCAAGACUGGUGUGGGAGGCGCCGUUUUGCCCGAGAAUCCUACUGUCCAAGAGAGCACAGACAUGUCGUACCUUGACGCCAUGAAGAAGGCCAUCUUGGACCAUGAGAACGAGAUCGUAGUGGCAUGCACCGGCACCAUGACUAACUUAUCCAAGCUCAUCAGCCAGUAUCCCGAACUCAAAGCCAAAAUUAGGUACGUGGCUGCCAUGGGAGGGUGUAUUGACGGUGGAAACGUUACCCCAUACGCCGAAUUCAACUUCAACGCCGACCCCCAUGCUGCCAGCCAUGUCGUGCAAGAGUUGGGCGACAAGAUCAUCUUGGCACCCUUGAACAUCACCCACACUGCCAUGGCUCUGGAGCCUGUCAGACAGAGAAUGUACCAGGCCGACUCCGAGCUCGAUUCGCCAAUCAGAAAGUUGUUCUAUGACGUGGUCAUGUUCUUCUACGAUAAGUACCAGAUCAGAUACGGACCCAUGGCAGGACCUCCUGUGCACGAUCCUUUGGCGUUAUUUUUGGUCCAGGCAUUCAUAGAUGAUGACGAAAAGUACAACUUCGUCUAUGAAAGAAGAAAGAUGGAAGUGAUAGAGGAAGGAGAACGUGAAGGCUCGUCCGUUAUUGUCGAAGGAGAAGGAGGCGUCUACAUUGGUAAGAGCAUCAACGUGGAUAUGUUUUGGGAUUCCGUUUUGCAAGCGUUGGCUGAUGCAGUCAAGCAUGUGGAGAGCAGAUCAUAAACUGAACUACCAUUGUUCGAGAGGGAUCAAAGAUACUAAACAAAAAAUUGCACAGAUAACUAAAAAACCGUUAGUCGAGAGUAAUCGAAGAUACUAAUCUGAAGAAUUAGCUCAGUCGGCUAAUCCGAAUUACAACUAGCAUAAAUCACAGAAGGAUACACUUUUAUAGAAUUAAUUCAUGUUCGAAUCCAA